AUGGCGCUGGCGGAGGCGGGUGCCCGCGGGCGGCUCCUGUUCUGGCCGCGCGUCGUCCUCUUCGGAGACUCCAUCACUGAGUUCUCCUUCCAGGAAGGUGGCUGGGGGGCAUCACUUGCUGAGAGACUGGUCAGAAAAUGCGAUGUUGUGAACCGUGGGCUUUCGGGCUACAACACCAGAUGGGCUAAACUGAUCCUUCCAAGACUGAUCAGUAAAAGUACUAGUGCUGAGAGUACUGUUGCGGUUACUAUUUUCUUUGGAGCCAAUGACAGUGCUUUGAAAGAUCUGAACCCUAAGCAACACGUUCCUUUGGAGGAGUAUGCUGCAAACUUAAAGAGCAUGAUACAGUAUCUGAAGUCAGUAGACAUUACUGAAGACAGGAUUAUUUUGAUAACUCCACCACCUCUUUGGGAAUCAGCUUGGGAAAAGGAGUGUCUUGCCAAAGGUGACAAAUUAAAUCGCCACAAUGCCAUCACUGGGGAAUAUGCCCAGGCCUGUGUUCAGGUAGCUGGGGACUGUGGAACGGAUGUACUUGACCUCUGGACUCUGAUGCAAAAAAAUCAGGAUUUCUCUUCCUAUUUGUCUGAUGGGCUGCAUUUAUCAACAAAAGGCAACAACUUUCUAGCAGCAGAACUUUGGUCACACCUGGAAAAAAAACUGUCUGCUCUUCCUUCACUGCUUCCUUAUUGGCGUGAUGUGGACCAUACAACCCCCGAGGCCAGUCUUCUGUGAGCUCCCCUGCAGUAAGGAGCUGAACAGCCGAGCCUGACACAGCCAGUCUGUUCACAAACAGCCGCUGUCCAGCAGCACACGACCAACACUGCGUACCUGGGGAACGGGGUAGGGGGAUGUCCCCUUCCCUUGGUCCGUGGGAGAAUAAAGAUGAGAC